AUGGAGGAUUUGAAUGUGGAGAUGUUAAAGAACGAUAUGUUGAAGAAGAAUGUGAAUAAUAUGAGUAUAAUGAGGAGGAAUCUGGUGGUGAUGAGGAUGAAUUUGAUGGCGAUGAGGAUUUAUGUGAUGAGGAUGAAGAAGAGUUUGAUGUUAAUAAAGUUAGUGCCAUGGAGUAAAGAACUGAUACUGACACCUGCUUUUGUUCAAGUUAAUGAUGACGAAAAAAUCACAGAAGAAAAUCAUGAUGAAGAUUAUGGGAAUGAUUUUCUGAAUGAUCAUGAAAAUGUUGAAGAUGAUGAUCAAGGGAAAUGUUGUGGUGCUCAUGGGAUUGAAGUGGUCCAUAUUAGGACAAUAUUGGUAAAAAUGAUGUUGAAGGAAGGUGUAUAUUUUAGUCAAUUCAUGUGCGACCUAGUUGUUGAAAGUUUUCAUAAAACUUUGGAUCAAGGUACUGAAAACUUGGUUGAUGGUUGUCUAAAUCAGAAAUGA